GAGACCACACAGCACAGAGAUCCAAGCAUGGCACCUACAAUCACUGCAGCAGCGACCAACGCUCAGGAACAUCUGACUUUGACACAUAAGCUCAGAAAGCCUCUGGUGGAGAAGCUUCGCAGAGAGCGAAUCAACAGCAGCAUCGAGCAGCUCAAGUCUCUGCUGGGUCCAGAGUUCCUCAAGCAGCAGCCAGAAUCCAAGCUGGAGAAAGCCGACAUCCUGGAGAUGACGGUCUGCUUCAUGACGCAGCUGCUGCGGCAGAACCAGCAGCAGAAGAGACUCCUGAACCACUUCAACCGGCAGCCGUCUCCUGCAGAGACCCAGCUGAGAGAGGUGGACUUCUCUCCUCUGAGCUCCACAGACCCAGCCAGCAAAGACAAGAGUCCAGUCGGCCAGUCCCUCUGGAGACCCUGGUAGACUCCUGCAGCCAGGAGCCCAAAACACGCUGGAGUGAACUAUUUGACAUUCAAUACUCAUGUACUUCUGUUUGAAGAGAAGAACUAGUGUCCUGUUCUUUCAAGUAAAGAAAGAAAACAUCAUGACAUGCACAUUGCAUGGCUUGAAUUUAAUUGUAAAAGCAAUUAUUUUUAUUUUACUCUGUACUUCACGUGUGUGAAGAUUAUGAUGUCAUGUUGACUUUUGUUUUCAUCUAUUCAUUAUUGAUCUUUGUGAUCAGAAGCUCCUAAUUGUCCGUGCUUCAAGAUGAAGCCAACAAGGUCUUUCCUCAAAGGGGAUGUGUUGUAACAUCCAUAUGUUUAUUCUUUUUCUCUGAAAAGUUAGUUAAACAUCUCUUUGCCACAGUUUUCCAGUGGUUGUCUUUAUGUGUAGGAUGAGUAUCCGUGUAAUCACUCUGAGAUUACAACUUCUGAUCUGUUUUUAGGUCUUUUGCUUUUGUUUAAUGAAGGUAGUUAAAUUAAUGUUUGUCUUUUAUAAAGACAUGUUUCCCCUCUCAGUCUGAGAGCAACUGUGACAGAUUUACAAGUUGUUGUUAUCAUGUGUGAUACCUUCUUGCAAAAACUUUAUAUGGCUCAUUGAGUCUUCUUAAAUAAACAAACA